GCCCUCUCCCCGCCCCCCCCCCACCCCCAUCUGCAGCUUGCUGGCUCUCUCUUUCUCCCUCUCUGUCUCACUCUCUCUCUUUCUCUCCCUCUCCUAUCGGAGCACAAUGAAAGCCUGUGUAUCGCCGUGACUCCGGGCGGGAGCCAGUGUCAGCAAAGCGGCUAACAACAGACGAGAAAGAGAAAGGAAAAUACAAGCUACUUUUUUUUCCAUCUAUAAAGCGGAGCAAAUACGAGAGAUAGAGCCACAUUGCUUAUUGCGAGUCCAGACCCUCAGAUCCACUGGCCGGGGAUGGAAUGUACAAAAGUGGACAGAAAAGUGGCUGGACAUGACUCGGUGCAAUUUGCUGGAAGUUUGUAAGUUUGACCAUCGUUUGUAAAUUACUCUUGGAAGAGUUUGUGUCUCUUGAUACUGUAUUAGAAUAGAGCCGGGGGUGAGGAAUAGAAACGUAAGCGGGAAAGAAAAAAAAUGUGUUGAAGGAUCUCUCUCAGUGGCUAGCGACUUAAGAUUGCUUUUCAUUUAAGGCUAGGAAACCUUAGAGGGAGUGAGGAUUUUACCGGUGAUUGGAUUAGCUGAAGAAAACAGCAUGGUCCAAAAGUCCAAUUACUGACAUUGUGAACAGUUGAAAAGCUGCCUCCCUCUUUUGGGAGAAGACAACAUCCUACAGUACCCCAAAGAGGAGAAAACACCGGAGCGAAAGGAAAGGGAAGAAAAAUUAAAAGCCAAAAGACAGUCUCCCUUGAUUUUUGCACAUUUUGAACAGUGACUUAAAAAUCUUCUGAAACAUCACUGUUUUUUAUUUUUUAUUAAACCUGAGGAAAAGUCAAGGCUGCCGGUUACAUAGGCAUGGUAGAAAUGUGUUUCUCUGCAGAAACAGCCACAUAAAGAAUUGUCCGAAACAACUAGCUGAGGGGGAGUCCUCUCUAUUAAUACCUCCCUCAGUUCCUUUUGCUGUGUGUUUCUGUUUCUUGCUGAACGAUCCCUGAAUUCUUGCUCUAACCCCCAGAUCGUGUGUUUACACAGUACCUAGUGGCUCUUGUCAGCUUGGUGGGGGUAAAAAUCCACCAACUCUGUCCAACUUCUCCAGAGCUGUCAAAUGCAAUUAGAGUAAGUUAAUCAGGGUUUGUUUCCAACUUAUCCUCCCCCUAUUUGGUUUCUAUUCUUUCUCCCCACCCUCUUUUUACUAACUCCCCUCCCCCACACCUCCACGGCUCCCCCACAACCUCUGAAGACCUCUAUUCAUGUGGCCCUGAACACUGAGCUCACAUUGUCAAAAACAGACUUGCCUGCAAUAGCCGGCAGUAGCCUCUUUCCACCUCACCAUCCCAGAGGCAGCAAUCAUUGUGUCCAGUAAGAUGGGGGACACAGCGCCCCCGCAGGCCCCCGCAGGAGGGCUAGGGGGGGCCUCUGGGGCGGGGCUCCUUGGAGGGGGCUCCGUCACCCCGAGAGUGCACAGUGCUAUCGUGGAGCGCCUCAGGGCUCGAAUCGCUGUCUGCCGCCAACACCACCUGAGCUGUGAAGGACGCUAUGAACGAGGUAGGGCCGAGAGCUCAGACCGGGAAAGAGAGAGCACCUUGCAGCUCCUGAGCCUUGUACAGCAUGGCCAGGGGGCAAGGAAGGCUGGCAAACACACCAAGGCCACUGCCACUGCUGCCACCACUACAGCCCCUCCACCGCCCUCUGCUGCCCCUCCUUCGGCCUCCCAAGCAGGAGCAACAGCAGCCCCACCGCCCCCACCAGACUAUCACCAUCACCACCAGCAGCACCUGCUGAACAGUAGCAAUAAUGGUGGCAGUAGUGGGAUAAACGGAGAGCAGCAGCCACCCGCUUCAACCCCGGGGGACCAGAGGAACUCAGCCCUGAUUGCGCUCCAGGGUUCCUUGAAAAGAAAACAGGUAGUUAACCUGUCUCCUGCCAACAGCAAGCGGCCCAAUGGCUUUGUGGACAACUCAUUUCUUGAUAUCAAAAGAAUUCGUGUUGGAGAGAAUCUCUCUGCAGGACAAGGUGGCCUCCAAGUAAAUAACGGACAAAGUCAGAUUAUGUCAGGGACCUUGCCUAUGAGCCAAGCCCCCCUGCGAAAGACUAACGCUCUGCCAUCCCAUACACAUUCUCCUGGCAAUGGCCUGUUUAACAUGGGCUUAAAGGAGGUAAAGAAGGAGCCGGGAGAGACUCUGUCUUGCAGUAAGCACAUGGAUGGCCAAAUGACCCAAGAGAAUAUUUUUUCUAAUAGAUACGGAGAUGACCCUGGCGAACAACUGAUGGAUCCUGAGCUGCAGGAACUGUUCAAUGAACUGACCAACAUAUCUGUGCCUCCCAUGAGUGACCUUGAACUGGAGAACAUGAUCAAUGCCACCAUAAAGCAGGAUGACCCAUUUAACAUUGACUUGGGUCAGCAAAGUCAGAGGAGCACACCUAGGCCCCCCUUGCCCAUGGAGAAAAUCGUGAUCAAAAGUGAAUACUCACCUGGCCUGACUCAGGGCCCCUCAGGCUCUCCUCAGCUGAGGCCCCCAUCAGCUGGCCCUGCAUUCUCCAUGGCCAACUCUGCCCUCUCCACCUCGUCUCCAAUCCCUUCAGUCCCUCAGAGCCAGGCUCAGCCUCAGGCAGGUUCAGGAGCAAGCCGGGCCCUGCCAAGCUGGCAGGAAGUGUCUCAUGCACAGCAGCUCAAACAGAUAGCUGCCAAUCGUCAACAGCAUGCCCGGAUGCAGCAGCACCAGCCUACCAACUGGUCAGCCUUGUCCUCUUCUGCUGGACCAUCCCCAGGUCCAUUUGGGCAGGAGAAAAUCCCCAGCCCUUCUUUUGGUCAGCAGACAUUCAGCCCGCAGAGCUCCCCCAUGUCUGGGGUAGCUGGUGGCAGCAGCCAGUCAAAAGUAAUGGCUAACUACAUGUACAAGGCCAGCCCCUCGGCCCAGGGAGGGCACUUGGAUGUGCUCAUGCAGCAAAAGCCUCAGGAUCUCAGUCGAAGUUUUAUUAACAACCCGCACCCAGCCAUGGAACCCCGUCAGGGCAACACCAAGCCUUUGUUUCACUUUAACUCAGAUCAAGCAAACCAGCAGAUGCCUUCUGUUUUGCCUUCCCAGAACAAGCCUUCUCUCCUACACUACACCCAACAGCAACAGCAACAGCAGCAGCAGCAACAGCAGAGUUCAAUUUCAGCUCAACAGCAGCAACAGCAACAGCAGCAGAGCUCAAUUUCAGCCCAACAGCAGCAGCAGCAGCAGCAGCAGCAGCAGCAGCAGCAGCAGCAGCAGCAGCAGCAGCAACAGCAGCAGCCAUCUUCUCAGCCCACCCAAUCUCUACCAAGCCAGCCUUUGCUAAGGUCACCUUUGCCACUUCAGCAAAAGAUCCUACUUCAGCAAAUGCAGAAUCAGCCCAUCGCAGGAAUGGGAUAUCAAGUCUCCCAACAACAAAGACAGGAUCAACACUCUGUGGUAGGCCAGAACACAGGCCCCAGUCCAAGUCCCAACCCCUGCUCAAAUCCAAACACUGGAAGUGGUUACAUGAACUCCCAGCAAUCACUGUUGAAUCAGCAAUUGAUGGGAAAGAAGCAGGCUCUACAGAGGCAGAUCAUGGAGCAGAAACAGCAACUCCUUCUCCAGCAGCAGAUGCUGGCUGAUGCGGAGAAAAUGGCUCCACAAGAUCAGAUAAACCGACAUUUGUCAAGGCCACCUCCAGAUUAUAAAGACCAAAGAAGAAAUGUGGGCAAUAUGCAACCAACUGCUCAGUAUUCUGGUGGCUCAUCCACAAUAAGCUUAAACUCUAACCAGGCUUUGGCAAACCCAGUUUCAACACACACCAUUUUAACUCCCAAUUCCAGCCUCCUGUCUACUUCUCAUGGGACAAGAAUGCCGUCAUUAUCUACAGCAGUUCAGAACAUGGGGAUGUAUGGGAAUCUGCCUUGUAACCAACCUAGCACAUACAGUGUCACUUCAGGAAUGAAUCAGUUGACCCAACAGAGAAACCCAAAGCAAUUGAUAGGAAAUCAGAACAACCCUAUGAUGCCACGUCCACCUACCUUAGGGCCAAGUAAUAAUAACAAUGUAACCACUUUUGGAGCUGGAUCUGUUGGCAAUUCACAACAAUUGAGACCAAAUUUAACCCAUAAUAUGGCAAGCAUGCCACCACAGAGAACAUCAAAUGUAAUGAUCACAUCCAGCUCAACUGCACCAAACUGGGCCUCUCAAGAAGCAACAACAAAACAGCAAGAAGCCCUGACAUCUACAGGAGUCCCCUUCCCCACAGGUACAGCUGCAGCCUAUACCCCAAAUCAGUCAUUGCAACAGGCAGUAGGUAGCCAGCAAUUUUCCCAGAGGGCAGUGGCUCCUCCUAACCAGUUAACACCAGCAGUGCAAAUGAGACCCAUGAACCAAAUGAGCCAAACACUAAAUGGACAAACCAUGGGUCCACUCAGGGGUCUGAAUCUCCGACCCAAUCAGCUAAGUACACAGAUUUUGCCUAAUUUGAAUCAGUCAGGAACAGGAUUGAAUCAGUCGAGGACAGUCAUCAAUCAGCCGUCAUCCUUGACACCCAGCAAUUUUCCUUCAUCCAACCAAAGUUCCAGGGCUUUUCAAGGAACUGACCACAGCAGUGACUUAGCUUUUGACUUCCUCAGCCAACAAACUGAUAACAUGGGCCCUGCCCUAAACAGUGAUGCUGAUUUCAUCGAUUCUUUAUUGAAGACAGAGCCUGGUAAUGAUGACUGGAUGAAAGACAUCAAUCUUGAUGAAAUCUUGGGGAACAAUUCCUGAAGAAGAAAGGGGAAACAAUUUACAACCUCCAGGCACUAAAAGGCAGUAUUUUACUGAAACUUUGUAGAAGCUGAACUGUUAAUGUUCAGGUGGACUACAUGAAGAUAACAUGCUUAAAAAUGGAAAGCAGAAAGUAACUGCAGUGAUGAAAAAUUUGAUCCAAAUUCUUGUUUUCAAUCUUACACCUGAAAGUAAAAUAUUAGGAUCACUUUUCCCUGUCUAAACUCCAGGACCCAGUAUCCAAUUUAUCCAAACAGAACUGUGAUGUUGAUGUGUAAUUAAUUGUGUAAAAUAGCCUUCCCAAGUUUCUUUUUCCCUGAAAAAAAAAAAAAGGUAAUAGAACUUGUAGUUUAUUUAAACCCAUGUCAUGAGGAGAUACUAGUUCCAAGCAACAAACUCCUUAAUUUGCGCUAGUAGAUAGAUAUGGUUUAACCUUUCCACUGUGUCUUUUCAUUUAAUUUUCCUGAAGCUUGCAGGAUAGAUUGAAAUAGAUUUGUUUGGAGUAACCAAACAAUUUUCCCACAAUCCUAUACUUCAGUGGGAUGCUAUGUCUAGUGAUUGAACAAAAAUAUAGAGCUCUGCAAUUUGAUUUUAGCUUCUACAACCAAUUUCUGAAUCCAUUUCAAUGAAAUUUGAGAUAUAACAAAGACUUAUCCUAAUCAUACCGAAAUAUUGGUGCACACCUAUCUGCAUUGGAUUUCACUUUUUAAAAAAACCCACAGGACAUUGCUAUAAAGGAGAUUUAUUUGGCUACAGAUAACCUGGGAUGUUGCUUAUUAUGAUCGAUGCCUGCUGGUUUGUUCCCAAGAUGAGUGAAACUGAGCCUCUUCCUCCCUACUCACUUUGAUGACUGAGGCUCAUUUAUAAGAAAAGGACGUUUGGAGACUAAAACCGAAAUUAGAAAGUAUCAUGUUUUGGUUGGAGAUAAGAACCAGGGGUGGCAAGUACCAGUGUGUACAAAUUUAUUUCACGGGAUUUGAAGGAAAGCAUAAUCAAGAGGGAAAACAAUUUGUCCUUCAUUGGACAAAUUAUUUUAGAUUUCACUGCUGUGAAAUGGAAUGUGGUCUGUUCAUUCUUCUGUCCCUGAUGUGAUGAAUCAUUGCCACAUGCUAAGUGGACUCUUCAUAUCCAGGUUUCAUCCUUCGGGGCUGAGCACUGUAUCUAAGAGUUUCUGUUGAAUCAUUUAACCUCAGUGCCCACAUACAGAUCAGCUGUAAAAUGGCGAAGAUAUGUUUUGAUUUGGAAUGAAUGCAAAAUAUCACUAUCAGAGGAGCAAAGGUUAUCUUCAGCCCUUCCCAUCAUACACUCACAUAUUCAAGUAUCAAAUGUAAUUUAGCUGAAGUUAUUUAAUAACCAAGUUUUUCAAUAUCUUUUCAAAACAGAAAGAACACACUGAAAAUUCUACAAAGCUCUCUCCCAAUUUUAAUGUCUAGAAGCACUCUCCAUCUGUUACACAAAACCAACAUCACUGGCCCGGAAUUUUACCUGUGCUAGGUUGUAAAUAUAAAUAAAUUACUUGUUUUGUAAACUUUUGUAAAGAAUAUUUUGGUAGAAAUACUUAAAACAUAUUCUUUGGGUUAUAUUUAUACAUAUGUGAAAUAAAUAUACUAUCAAAAGGUUAUAUUUUAUACAAAAAGUAAAUUGCUACCUUUUGUAUGCUAAUAUACAAAGUUUUGUAUAAUAUGAUGGUUUAUUUUUAGCUCUACACUUAAACCAUAGGUGGUUAAGUGAGAACUUUUGAAAACUAUCAAGAGGCUUGUUAGACAAAUUUAUAUUCUGAAACCUCAAUAAGAAAGCAUUCCAGGUUUCAAUCCUUGUUUUUUGUCCUGCUCCCAAAUUCUUUUUUAAACCUAUAGUUCUUGUGUCUUAUUUUAUUAUUCUGCUGUGCACAUUGUAUUGGUCCUUGUUGCAUGUAGUCUACUGUGUGUUUUCCCAUUUUAUAAGACAGCAUUUCUCCAUACAAAAAGGAAAAAAAAAGAUGUACAUAUAAACACUUUUAUUGUAUGGCUCCUUCAUGUUACUGUAUAUAUCUGCCAGCACUAACCAGUUACACUCUUGUGAGUUGGCUUAUUUUUACCCUAACAUAAAAAGUUAUCAAAUUUAAGAGAUAAAGCAAUCAGAAUGUUUGGAUUUUCUUCUAUCUUAAUGUGAAUUUCAUAAUUAAUGUCUAUUUAUUCAGCUACUCAUUAAAAUACAGGAAUCUUUGGGAAAA